AUGCGGAACCAAACCACCGUGACCGAAUUCAUCCUCAUUGGCUUCCUCUACCCCCGCCAUCUGGAAUGCCUCAUUGCUGUUGGCUUCCUGGCCUCUUAUUUGCUGAUCUUGUCUGGCAAUAUCAUGAUCAUCACCAUCAUCCUCUUAGACCAUCACCUCCACAGCCCCAUGCACUUCUUCCUCUGGAACCUCUCCUGUCUGGAGAUCCUUAUUACAUCUUCUUUCCUACCCAAGGUGAUUGCCAGCUUUCUGACGGGUGACAGGUCCAUCUCCUACCUGGCUUGUAUCACUCAGUGCUAUUUCUACUUCCUUCUGGGCUGCAGUGAGUUUGUCCUGCUGGCCGUUAUGUCCUAUGACCGCUAUGUGGCCAUCUGCAACCCACUGCACUACAGCAUGGUCAUGAAUGCUCAGUUCUGCUUCCAGCUUGUGGUGGGGUCAUGGGCAACGGGGUUCCUGGCCACCAUCAUCCCCACCAUCCUGGUCAUCACCCUGCCCUUCUGCAAUGCCAACCAGAUUGACCACUUCUUCUGCGACGGCUUGGCCUUGGUCAAGCUGUCCUGUGUGGACACGAGCUUUGUGGAGCUGCUGAGUUUCAUGACCUCCUCCGCCAUUCUGCUGGGCUCCUUGAUCCUGACAGUGGUGUCCUACACUUAUAUUGUUGCCACCAUCUUCAAAAUAACAUCCCACUCAGGACGCAACAAGGCUUUCUCCACCUGCUCCUCCCACUUCAUCAUCAUCACCAUGGGCUAUGGCAGCUGCAUCUUCAUGUAUGUCCGGCCUUCGGGCAGCGACAUCUCACUCAACAAGCUGGUGGCCCUGCUCAGCACAGUGGUGACCCCUCUCAUGAGCCCCUUCAUCUUCAGCAUGAGGAACCAGCAGAUGAAAGAUUCCCUGAGGGCAGCCUUGAAGAGAAGCAUGAACUUCUCAAGGAAGCAUAUUAACUUCUGA